AUGCGUCCUUUGGAGGAGUCUGAAGUCGCGCAAGUCUUUGAAAAGCUCUUCAAAUUUAUCGGGAAGAAUUUACGAAACGUUCUCGAAUCAUCGUCCUCGAGCGGAGGAGGAGAACGAAAAGGAAAAGGAAAAGGAAACGAUUCAGACGACGAGGAAGAAGAAGAACAAGGUGUUGGAUUUUGUUUCCGCUUACACAAACAAAGAGUCUACUACGUGAAGGACGAAAUCGUCAAACGAGCGACGAAUAUUUCUCGUGAGCAAUUGGUGACUUUAGGGCAAAACAUAGGGAAGUUCACGCACUCCGGGAAGUUUCGCUUAACCAUCGGCGCUUUAGAUUUAUUAGCACAACACGGGAAAUAUAAGAUGUGGGUGAAACCAACGUCGGAAAUGUCGUUUUUAUACGGGAAUCAUCUAUUGAAAUCCGGGUUAGGACGAGUGACGGAGAACACGCCGACGAAUCAAGGGGUGGUUAUUUUGAGCAUGAGCGACGUGCCGCUCGGAUUCGGCGUGUGCGCCAAGUCGACACAGGAGUGCAGGAAAGCGGAUCCGAGCGCGGUGGUGUGUUUUCAUCAGGCGGAUAUCGGGGAGUAUUUGAGAGCGGAGGAUGACAUGGUGCCAGGGAAGAAAGAGUAA